AUGGAAGAAGUAAAGCUAAUAGGAUUUUGGCCUAGUUCAUAUGUUUACAGAGUUAUAUGGGCACUAAAACUCAAGGGUAUCAAAUAUGAAUAUGUAGAAGAGGAUAUAUUCAACAAGAGUGAUAUGCUUUUGAAGUACAACCUUGUCCAUAAGAAGGUUCCUGUGCUUGUUCAUGGUGGGAAACCCAUCGCAGAAUCCAUUGUCAUUCUCGAGUACAUUGAAGAGACUUGGCCACACAACCCCUUGCUUCCAAAUGAUCCUCAUGAGAGAGAUGUGGCACGGUGCAUGGCAAGCCCAAAAGAGGCCCAACAAGCACAAGUCAAGUGA